AUGUCUCCAUUUCUGGCACUUUAUGGGUACCAACCUCCUCACUUGGUAUUUCCAAUUCUAACUCCUACUUCUUUGGAAACUGUUGAAGAUUACUUGCAGGAAAGAUAUCUUAUACUACAACUACUCAAACAUGAUAUUUAUAAAGCACAGAGCAGGAUGAAGUUCUUCGCAUAUCAGAAACGCUCAGACAAGGAAUUUGCAGUGGGUGACAUGGUGUUUCUGAAGCUUCAACCUUAUAGGCAGACUUUAGUUGCUAUUCGGAAGAACUUCAAGCUUUCUUCUAAAUAUUUUGGGCCAUUUGAGAUUCUUCAGCGCAUUGGUGCUGUUGCUUACAAGUUAAAACUGCUAGUGGGUUCUCGCAUUCACCCUAUAUUUCAUGUUUCACAGUUUAAAAAGAAGAUUGGUCUUACUGUAACUACUUUUCCUCAACUACCACUUGUUGAUCAUAAUGGACAUUUUGUUAUUGAACCAGUAGCUCUCUUAUAG